AAAUGCUGUUGUUUGUUGAAAUGGGAACAUUGUCAGGUACCUGGCCAUUGAAGAUAAGAGGAAAAAACACACACUGACAAUGUACAGACUCAACACACAAAAUGCUGCACAUAGUAGAGAGGUUCUGUAUUUCAGGCAGGAUGGCAGUUGAACCUUGAAUGUUACAAAGGCCCCACAGCUGGACAGAGGCCCUCAACAUGUCUCCUCGUCUGGCCCCAGAACCAACCUGAGAAAGACAUUAUUGUAGAACAAAUUAUAUAAAUUAGCAGCCUUUUAUUAUAAUUAGUGAGAAACAAAAACAUGUCACUGUGCCCACAGUCUUAACGCUGCCUGUUGUAUGCUGUUUCUAUUUCCUCUAUAUUUUAUAUUUCAUUUUAUUUCAUGGGUGUUUAUUUCCCAUGUUCAUUAUCAUUCGUUAUAUUGGGACGAAAGCACCGUUAUUUCCACUGUUAAUCUUUGUCCUGAGGCUCUUCCAGGUUAGUCCAACCAUAACCAUGAAAACAGAACGGAGACCACAAAUAGUAUUACGUUUACUUAAUUUAAUAUGGAUGGUUUUAAUUUAGUUUUUUGUAAAUAUUUCUAUUUAAGUUUUAAGUUAAGAGAAGAUACUUAGGUAAUUUAACAAUUUAACACUCUUUAUAUAUACUGGAGCAUAAUACAAUGCAAGGCAAUACAGUUGUGUGCCAGGUCUUAGUGGUGGUUCAGGGAACUGCAUGAAGUGAAAGGAGGAGGAGAGAGGAAGUUCUCCAAAACUUUUUUUUCUCCCUCAAAGGAUUCUGGAGAAGCACCGAUAGAUUUUCAGAGGAAGGAGAUCCGACCAGAAGACCGAAGAAAACGCAGGGGGACGUAACGGUGUCAAAAAAAGUUCAUCCCUUCUUCUGCGUUUGUUUCCUCACAUGAAAGCCGUGAAAAAAGGUCGCGCGUCGUUCUGUGUAUUUUGUUCCUUCCCAGACUGAGAGGACUUACACCAUCAGAGGCGAUGAGAUGUGAGUGAGCUAUGCCUUGUGGAAAUGGACAGACUUUAUCCAAGCGAAAACAUGGCGUCUGCGUCCCGAGGUUUAGCUUCUUUUCCAGUGUGCUUGUGGCGCUCUGCUGCCUGGAGGCAUGGGGCUCCGGGCCGCAGGGGGACGGCGGCAGGAGCUGCAGCCCCUGUCCCGUCAACUGCAGUUGCGCGCUGGCGGGGCCACAGUCGUCCUGCGUCGUCAACUGCUCUAACGUCGGGCUGGAAAGGGCCCCAGCGGCGGCAGACAUCCCGCUGGCCACCAACGUGCUAGAUCUUUCCAAGAACCAUAUCUCCUCCCUUGAUACCAGCCUAUUAGAUCGUCUCACCGGCCUCCGAGAGCUGUAUCUUCAAGAGAAUAGGAUCAAUGUUCUCCCCAGAGGGGUAUUCUGCUGUGGCCCUCUGUCAGUCCUCGAUUUGAGCAACAACCGCAUCACCACCAUAGAAGAGAGAAUAUGCGACAACCUAUGCAACUUAACUCAAAUUGACCUGAGCAGUAACCCCUUUGAGUGUGACUGUAAGCUGUUCCGUUUGGUCAGCUGGCUCCAGGAAAAAGGGGUACGCGUUCGACGUCCGGAUGCCAUGCUCUGCAGCCACCCUCCUGAACUCCGCAACCAACCCCUGCUCAAUAUCAGCCUACUCACCUGUGGUCUGAACUAUGCAGCCUGUCUUGAGGACAGCAGCAGUGGAGGAGGGGGACGGAGUGAGCUUGUUAUCUUCUCUUCCUCCACACGUGGAAACUUCACACGAGAACAAUGUAACAGCGUGUGUUUUGCUGCAUCGCACCGCUACGGGGGCCUGGGAGCAAGACACGAGUGUCUAUGCAGCACAAACUCUGAGCCCAACUUCAUCAGUGAAUCUCAGUGUUCUGCUGCCUGUACAAACCCCCAAGUUAUGAAGAAAUGUGGAUGGACUCUGGCUCAUGAUGUGUUUGUGGUGGACUUCUCGAUCUCACUGAAGCCUCUCCCACUGCAAAGUGUUCACAACCUCAUCAGCUUCGCCGCCACCUCCUCUGUCACUCCAGUGACGCUGUCCUGGGACUUUGGUGACCUUUCGUCUCGGGUCAACACUACAGGAACAGGGGUGACCACAGCAACUCAUAAAUACGGACUUCCGGGACAUUAUGCAGUCAGUGUGGUGGCCUGGGCUGGACACAAGGAGCUCCCUGCAUGCAGAGAAGUGACGGUGACAGUUCCUCCCAAACUGGAGCUGCGUUGUCCACCUCUUGCUGUGGCCAAUAAGAGCCUGGAGUUAUCAUUAGUCAGCUGGGGUGCUGUUGGCAUGGAUGUAGACUGGAAGAUCACAAAGGAUGGUGUUGAAGUUGCCAAAGCCUCCCCUCACUGUCCAAAAGAUGGGGUGUACCACGCCGAGUCCUCACGCUGUUUCCAGAUAGUUCCAGGGGAGUUGAGCUGGACAGACGCUCGACAACAGUGUUCAGACCGCGGUGGGGAUCUGGCAAUAGUCAGGAGUGAUGCGCUGCGUAACCUGCUGGCACACAAAGUCACACAGGAGCGAGGUGUGUGGCUGGGCUUGAGUGAUGUCAACUCUCCAGGCAAGCUGCACUGGGUGAACGGCUCAGAGGCACAGGAGGGGGAGGAGGGCUUCCCACCUCGUUCCUCAAUCUCCCGCAGAAACGUGUGCGUGUCCCUCGAUCAGCGCGGUCAGACCAGUUCACACCAAUGCAAUGCCAGACGUGCCUAUGUCUGCCAGUACACGCCUCAAGUGCGUGUUCCAGAUGCAGGGAUCUACAUGGUGGGACUGGCUGUAUUUACUUCCCAUAAUCUUUUGUACCGUGCCUCAUCCGCUCCGCUCUCUGCUCCACAACCUCCCAGCAAUGGAAUAGAGGUACUGUUGUUCCCAGCUCUGAGCUUUGUUCAGGCAGGUCGUCUGUCUUCCCUUGAGUUUGUCACUCAGGAACUCAGCUCACAAAUCCACAUCCGAUUCCAGACCUACAGGCCUCACUGUCAUUAUCCUGGCAUGCACCUGCUGCUACCCAGUUGUGGAAGUUCAGCUUGCGCUCCAGUUGCUGUUUGUGUCCCAGAUGAAACUACGAAUAUUGAUCCACCCCCUUGCCCCAGACUACAGCAAUGGUGUCCCUUCCAGCACCGGUGCCUGGCCCUCUCUAGUCCCUGCCAGCCUUCCUCCUGUCCUAACUGCACCCAGGGUCACCGCCUGCCCCCUGGGGCACUGAGGCCCCGUUACACCCUACAAAAGGAGGUGGUCUUCACUCUACCAGCAGGAGCAGCUGCACAUGUAGUGGUACAAGAACAACUGGAGGAGGAGGACUUCGUGGUUUCCCGUGGGGAUGUCAUUGCCCUGCAGCAUGAUGCUGGCCCCGCCUCCCUGCUCCGCUGCCAGUCUUCUCCACACUCGACGUGGCGACAACCUGUUUUAGCCCUCAACCAGUCGGAGUGGUUCUGGAUCAACGGCACCAGACAGUCACCAGAUAGCAUGGGCAACCCUAACACUAAUCUUUUGCCUGACCCGGCGCUUGACGUGGAGGUGCUGGUGGAGGAUGGUGAGGGAGGGUGGCUGGAGGAAGUAGUCUGUCCCAUCAGAGUACUCUCUGUGGGACACAGCGAGACCCAGCUGCAGGGAGCACAGCUGUCUGCUGGUUUACCCGAGCCUGGACUAUACAGCAUGCUGCUGACUUCUGCUGAGCCAUCAUACCCAGCCUCAGCAUCAUGCCCAUUGCGGGUGGUGCCCCCUCUGGGCUUGACAAUCCUCUACCCACUUCCCCGGAAUGGCACCCUCUACCUGCAGCCCAACGACACCCGCCUGCUGCUCAGUGUCCAGUCUCGCUACGAAACAAAGGCAUCUCGGCGGGGCAGUAAUCGCAGCGUGACCUUCCAGGCAGAAUGUCCAUCAGAGUUUCCAUCCAGCCCAGCUCUUUGUCAUUCUGGGCCGAGUUCAGGGUCUGGGGUCGCCGAGCCCAGUCUGUAUGCAGUGCUCGAUCUGAACCUGGGAGUGGAGGAGCUGGGGAGUCCAGUGCAGGUGGAGCUGGAGGCACACAAUAACGUGACGGAGGCCAGUCUGAUUAUGGUUGUCCACCUGGAAGAGCCUCUCAGAGGACUGGUGGUGCAGCCACACCCAGCACACAGGGUGCUGAUGGAGUCAGUUGUGAGCUACACAGCAUCAGUGCUUGAAGGCACCAGUCCUACAUUUAAAUGGACAGUGGAUGACAAGCCGUACUUUACCUAUUACAACACUGUCCUCAAUGUCAUCUACCAGCAUGCUGCUGUCUACAAGCUCACAGUGACCGCCAUGAACCACGUCAGCACCCUCACAGAGCAUUUCAACGUGACGGUGGACCGCCUGCAGCCCAUGGCCAACCUCACAGUGAAUGGUGUGCCAGAUGUGGUACCUCAGGGCUCCACUCAGACUCUCACCACUUCUGUGCUCGUGGACAUGUCUGUGGCUGCCACCUUCCGAUGGUCUUUUGGUGAUGGGGGAUAUAAGGAGUUUGAAUUCAAGCCUCCCUAUGACCAUACCCUCCUCUGCCCAGACUCUCCCAAUCAGGUCCUCCUAAGCAACAAUGUGACUUACAUCUAUUCUCAGCCAGGAAUAUACACUGCACUGGUGUCAGUGUCCAAUCGUUAUGACAACAACAGUCAGAGCAUCAACAUGAGCGUCUACAGCAUCCUCACUCAUGUCGAUAUACAGACAGAGCCACGACUCCUCCUCGCUGGCAAAUCAGCUGACUUUGAGGCUCACCCUCUGCCCUCAGCUUAUGGAAUUCACUAUGACUGGCACUUUGGAGAUGGUUCAGCCCCGCUGCAAGGUCGCCGGGUGCCGCACACCUAUGCACAGAGUGGUGUAUUUAAUGUCUGUGUAUCAGUAAACAACACCAUCAGUUCUAAAGAGGCUUGUGCUGACAUGUUUGUGUAUGAGGAGAUUGAGGAUCUAACAGCUCAAAGCUCCUCUCCAACAGAGCUUCACAGUCCUACAAAAGUGUGGGCACACCUUGCUUCAGGUAAUAACAUCACAUGGACAUUCUCCAUGGGCGAUGGGAAGAUCUACACUACAUCUGAACCUCACGUGUCACACAGCUACAACAAAGAUGGCAACUACACAGUGAAUGUGACCGCCUCGAACGCUGUGAGCUUUGGUUGGACAAUCUUACCAGUCCAGGUGUUUGUCUUCCAAGUAAUAAGAAUGGAGCCAUCUGGGUGUGUCCAAGAGCAAACCCCUGUCAACUUUCAAGCCUGGGUUUCCGGUAAUGAAUCAGCUCAUCUUUAUGAAUGGUGCUUUGGGGACGGAAGCCCCAAUGAAACACACCACGGCAACCCCAGAGUUUCACACACCUACUUGACAAGUGGGAACUACCGUCUAUCACUGCUUCUUUCCAGCGGGGUCAACAGAGCAACCAAGGCCAACUUCUUCAACUGGGUGUGUGUGCAGCCAGCUUUGACCAACAUCAGCCUUAUCCUUGAGAAAUCACACUAUGCUGUCGGAGAGGAGAUCUGGUUCCAGGUCAAAGCUGAGCCAGAGUUUAACUACAGUUAUCAGUGGGACUUUGGGAGAGAAGAAGACCACGUGCUCAUUCGUGGUUCUGGGAACAUUGUGCGGUAUAAAAACCCAGGUCAUUACAUGGUGACAGUUACUGUCUUCAAUAACAUCUCCACCAGUAAUGCCAGUGUUGUGAUUGAGGUUCUGAUGCCUGUAGGACCAAUUGUUAUUCAACAUAACGGCACUAAGUACAAUAACCUUACACUUAAAGCACCAUAUGCUUUCAUGACUUCUUCCUUGGCCUCCAAUGUCACGUACACCUGGAACUUUGGAGAUGGCAAUGUGCUUACAGGCCAGAAUACCCACCACACCUACAACAUCUCAGGAAGCUACAAUAUCACACUGAUAGCUGCUAACACAGUUAGCAGGAAUCACACUACUAUACCUGUUGCUGUGCUCGCACCAAUCCGUGGGUUGACCGUCAAUGCCAGCUUGAUAAAUGUCCCCCUCAAUGCCUCGGUUUAUUUUGAGGCCCAAAUGGAGGAAGGAGAUGGUGUUCGGUUCUCUUGGAUCUUGUGUGAUCGCUGCACCUCAAUACCAGGGAUCCACACCAUGUUCUACACCUUCCGCUCUGUUGGCACUUUCAACAUCAUUGUAACAGCAGAGAAUGACGUAGGAACGGCACAAGCAAGCAUCUUCCUGUUUGUCCAACGUGAGUUGGAGGGACUACAGAUUUUAGCAGGGGGGGAGAUCGAAGGAGGUGGAGGCACAGGACAAGACGGAUGCUGCUUUGCUACAAACAGCAUUGUCCACCUUCAAGCAGGAUUAAAGGAAGGAACCAAUAUGACUUUUACUUGGAACCUCAUCAGAGAGCUGCACCCAGCCAGCUCAAGCUUUAAUAUAAGCGGGAAGAGUGUGGAGGUGAAUUUCUCUACACCAGGUCCAUGUGAGAUUUUUCUCCGAGCAGCCAACCUCCUGGGUCAGCUGUCUGUCAACAGAACCAUCCACUUCCUGGAACCAGCCAAAGGGGUGUACCUGCAGAUCAGCAAAAACCCAGUUGCAGUCAAUGACCCAACUAACCUGACAGUUGUGACUAUGGAAGGCUCGGACCUGCAGUACCGCUGGUCUGUGAAUGGAGAUACUCUGCAGUGGGACAAGCCCUGGAAGACCCACAGCUUUAGCAGUCCUGGCCAAAAACAAGUUAGUGUGGAGGUCUUCAAUAAAGUUAGCUCAAAGGUUGUGUCAAAGAUUGUCAGUGUCCAGGAAAUCAUUUCUGGACUAAGGUUCACUGCUACCAAUGUGACGGAGCAGAGUUAUGUAGCAACAAAUGUCAGUGUCUCGCUCCAGGGUGAGGUACUGACAGGAACCAAUGUGACAUGGAUGUGGCUAUUAGAUGGAAAAACAGACAGAGGAAGGAAGACUUCUCUGAUUUUCCAUGAGCCAAAGACAGCCAACGUUACUCUGAAUGCUACCAAUGAUAUCAGUGGGAAAGUGGUUUUCAGGGAGUUCUUUGUUCAGGACAAGAUUCAGGGGUUGGACUUGAAAGCAAGUACAAACCUUGCAGGAGUCGGCGAGAAGGUGGAGUUCACCAUUUCCAUGGCAGCGGGCACAGACGUGCGUCUGAUCCUCAGCAUCAGUGGAGAUGCCACUGUUAUCCCUCAACCCAACCAAACCUACGUCCACAUAUUCAGUAGGGUGGAUACCUACAUGGUGAAUCUCACUGCUCACAAUCAGGUGAGUUCUAAGAGGCGGCACCUCCAGGUUGAAGUGAUGGAGCCAGUGCGUGGACUUUCCAUCCUUGGUAGCAGUGCGGCAAUUCCUGUCGGUGUGAAGAGAUUGUUUUCCGCCAGCAUCCAGAUGGGCAAACCUGUUAGUUUCCUGUGGACUUUUGAUCUGCACCACCUCCACAAGAUAUCACAUAUUGGCAAAGAGGUGUCCUACACACCAGAGGAGCCAGGUGUAUUGACCAUCUACCUGAAGGCCUUCAAUGCCCUGCUUGGUCAGAACAUCACCAAACACAUCCUAGUGCAGAACCUGCUGACAGCAGCUGUCCUGUAUGCAGCACCUCAGGACACUUUCAUCAAUAAGACAAUUACCCUGAGGGCCUCCAUCACACCCAGGUCUAAUCCUGUGGAGUGUUUGUGGGACUUUGCUGAUGGUUCUACCCCAGUUCACACCAAUACCACAACUGUGGGUUAUAAGUACAGAUACCCAGGGCACUACCUGGUUCAGGUGAACUGCAGUAACCUGGUGAGCUGGGUGUUGGCCCAGGUGGAGGUAAACAUCAGUGUAUUAGAGUGUGAGGAGCCAGAAGUGCAGGUGGUCCAAGCCCCCCGCCUGGCCAUCUGGCGCUCCCAGCCCACUUUGGUGGAGGCCAGUGUGGACCUGAAAGGCUGUGUACGCUACGGAGCUCAGUACCUCUGGCAGAUACUCUCAACACCCUCCUGUGAUAAUGACAAAGAUGACCGGAUUCCCUCUGGAGUGGUGACUCAGCCCUCUCGGUCACUUUCGGUGGAGGUGGAUGUGCGCCGGUUGCAGCUGUCAUUGCCUAAGAUGGCGCUGGCAACAGGGAACUACAGCUUGGUGUUUUCUCUGUCUUAUGAAGGCGUGCCGCUAAGGAAGGCUGCCUGUCUGCAGCUGAGUGUCAUGGCUGCCAGGUUGAUGCCCAUCAUAGAAGGAGGCACCUACAGGGUGUGGUCGAGGACACAGGACCUGCAGCUCAGUGCAGAGCAGUCCUAUGACCCCAACAUGGACCCAGACAGUCAGUCACUACUCCACUACCACUGGGAGUGUCAAAGUACCUCAAAGGGUCCAGAGCACUGCUCCAGUCUGAACUUCGGCCUAGGCUCCAGUGGACCAGUGCUGGGAAUCUCUGGCUCUGAGCUGGAGGCGGGCGUUGAAUACACUUUCAAACUGACCAUCAGCAAAGAUGGCAUGGCACCAGAGUCCACCACACAGACUGUCCUUGUCCAGAGUGGCCACAUUCCCAUGGUGUAUCUGGAGUGUGUGUCCUGUAAGGCCCAGUCCAUCUACGAGGUCAGCCAGAACUCAUAUGUGUACCUCAGGGGAACCUGCACCAACUGCCAGGGCUUUCACCGUGGGCGCUGGAGUGCCAUGACGCUGCAGAAUGAGACUCUGGUACUGGACUCCUCCUCCACCACCACAGGAAGUGACGGCAUGAAUCUGGUGCUGCGUCAGGGUGUCCUUCGCCACGGAGACUCGUACAUCUUCACCCUGCACGUGACUGACGGCAGUCUGGAUGGCGAAGGCGCUGCCUCCAUCACGCUGCAUCAUAAUAUGCCCCCAGCCGGUGGGGAGUGUCACUUGAGAGGGGGAGGGGAAGCAGGAAUGGAGUACGGGGAUGGAGACAUUGAGGGCUGGAGAGUGCGCACACUGCUGGACCGGGUACACUUUAACUGCUCAGGUUACAGUGAUCUGGGGGUUUCAGAGACUCCCUUGCUCUACAGCCUCCUGGUGACACGCUGCAGAGAAGACUACUGUGAGGACUUCUGCGUGUACAAAGGCAGCAGUCCAGAGCACUCUGCCUUCCUGCCCCCAGGCUUCAGCUCAGCUCGACACCGUGUAGCCGUGUCCAUCACAGUGGAAGAUCAUCAGGGAGCUGCUGUCACUGCACUCAACAAGUCCAUUGAAGUUGUGCUGCCAGAUCCGCCUUCCGGGUAUAGCAGCCUUCCCCAUUGGUUGUCUGAGCUGACAGACAGCAAAGUCAAAAAGCUGCUGGAGCAGGGAGACUCCCAGAGGGUCAGAGAGUUAUCACUGGCUCUCAUUACAGUCUUAAAUGAGUAUGAGCAGACCAGGGAGUCAGCGAGCGUGUCCCAACAUGAGCGUGGUUACCGAGUCAGAGUGCGCAGCAACAUUACCAGAGCUCUGACAGCUCUGGACCUGACCACUGUUAAUGACAUCCAGCAGACCUCUGCUGCUCUGGCACAGUGCACAGCGGUGAGUCGUGAGUUCAUUUGUGAGGAGUGUCAGAACAGCACUCUGAACAAGCUGGAGUCUAUGCUGGAGAUUUUACAGACUGACACCAAACAGGGCACCAUCACUCCUACUGAGAUAGCUGACAAUAUCCUGAACAUCAUGGGUGAUCUGAUCCAUCAAGUCAGCCAGUCAGCCUCCCAGUCUUACGUUCAGCUCGGUAAUCUGUAUUCCCCCUCGCCCCCUGUCACCCCCUCUGGUGAAGAUCAGUCAGACCUGUCACCCUCCUCACCAGAGCCACACCCUCUGCGAGUGGCAGCGAAGGCUUACAGCCUGUCCUCAGUCCUCAUGCGGAUCCUCAUGCACGCCCGGGUGCUCAACGAGGAGCCGCUGGUGCUGAGGGGAGCUGAGAUUGCUGCCACAGGAAAACUGGCCGACCCCCAGAGCCUGCUCUGCUACCAUGGCAACAACAGUCCAGAGUGCCAGCGGUUCUCCAUCCCACGAGCUUUCAACAGCAGUCUUGGCAGAGCUGCUGCAGGAAACAACAUCAUGCAGCUACUGUUUCAGGUGGAGCCCAACCCCUUCCCCUUUAAUUAUGUGCCUAACUACGAUGUAACCACCGAGGUGGCAUCCAUGGAGUUUCGAACUGAAAAUGGCACCCAGAUCCCAAUCUCAGGACUGGACGACAGUCUGGCCAUAACUGUUGCCAUUAACAAUGGUAGUAGUGGAGAAGUUUAUGCUGCAGGUUCUGUUACUGGAGGGUUGCCCACAGCUGGAGCCGUUAACAUCAGCCACUGUGACUACGUCAUCGUCAGAGUCAGCACAGGAAACACCAACAGACAGGCAGGGCUGUUUGUACAGCUCAACUUCACCUCUCUGGAGGAUGCCAGAGAGAAGAAUAAAAGAGAAAAGGAUGAAGAGGAUGAAGAGGAGCCAUACAUCACAGCUUAUCUUCACUCCCACGAACAACCAAGUGAAUUGAACUGCACAGACAAAAAACUUAUCACAUUUAGUAUGACCAGGGGGCAAGAUCUGGACCACAGGAAAUACACCUUCUUCCUUUCGCCAGAGUCUUAUGACACUACACUGGACUACUACAUCAACGUGACUACGCCCUGCAGCACCACCUCUCAGACUGCGGGUGUUCGUCUGGAGGUCGGAGUGUUUGCCUCCCUAUGUCAGUACUUCAGUGAGAGUGAGAAGCAGUGGCGGACAGAUGGUAUGGUGCCUCUAGCAGAGACCAACGCUAGCAGAGCUGUUUGCCACACCAGGCACCUCACAGCCUUCGCUGCAGGGCUGUUUGUACCAGCUGACGCCAUCAGCUUUAAAGUUCCAGAGCGUUCUGGUGCACCAAGCCUGGUCGUGCUGUUGGUGUGUGUGUUGGGCUUAUUAAGCUAUGUUGUGGCAGCAGCCAUCUUGCACAAGUUGGACCAGUUGGAUCUUCGCCGGGCUGGUGUGGUUCCACUCUGUGGCCAAGAUGGACUUUUCAAGUAUGAGAUCCAGGUCAAGACUGGCUGGAGUCGUGGGUCAGGCACCACAGCCCAUGUGGGAAUCGAUUUGUAUGGGCGUGAGAAGCACAGUGGACACCGCCAUCUCGACAGCAGAGGAGCCUUCUCACGCAAUGCUCUUGACAUCUUCCACAUUGCCACGGACACCAGCCUGGGCAGUAUCUGGAAAAUCAGAAUUUGGCAUGACAACAAAGGUCUGUCUCCUGCAUGGAUGCUACAGUACGUCUUGGUGAAAGACCUGCAGACGGGAAGCAGCUACUACUUCCUGGUUGAGGAGUGGCUGUCAGUCGACAAUGAGAGAACUGAUGGACGGGUAGAUAUUGAGGUGGAGGCAUCAGAGGAGGCCGUGCUUCGUCAGCUCCCCCGUCUCGUGCGGUGUGAGCUGCAGCGGGCGCUGUGUGAGAGUCACCUGUGGCUGUCGCUGUGGGAGAGGCCCCCCCGCAGCCCCUUCACCCGCCUGCAGAGAGCCACUUGCUGCGCUUUGUUACUGCAGCUCUUUCUAAUGGCCAACUCACUGUGGUACAGCAUCGUGGUAGACAAGAGAUACAGCCCGCGGGCAGUGUCAAGGAUUUCUUCAUUAAAUGGAGAGACGGUGGCAGCAGGUGUGGUGACCUGCCUGAUUGCCUACCCCCUCUACCUGCUCGUCUUCACGCUCCUCAGAAUGAGCCGCAGCAAGUGUGUGUCUGUGGAGCAGGUACCACCACAAGUGGACCAGGAGUCUGUGGAGAUUGAUGACUUCCUGGACAACUCCAUGGCUGGAAGUUCCUUCCUCUUUUUUAAUGGCGAGACCAACUCAGAUGAAACUAAUGUGGAUUUGCCCACCCCAUCAACCAAAAGUAUGGAGAGCUGGGGCAUGGCAGAAGAGGAGAUGGAGGACAGGGAUUGGCCGGAGCUGUUGAGUGAUGUGUCUGUGGUGGGAGGGGCAGGGGCCGGAGCAGGUAUGCCCAGGUUGAAGAGGGGUCAGGGGAGCAGGCACCUGGGCGUCGACAUGACCUUUAACCCUGAUGACGAUGAGGGGACUGACCAACGCAACAAAUAUUUUACCUCUUCAGAUGAGGAUCUAAUCAAACACAUCCUGGCAGAUGGGCAGAAUUUCUUUCCUCAGGCAGAUGAAAGUGAAAUGGCUGAUCUGUCGAGCAUUUUAGGAGAUAAGACUGAAGUGAUUCUCCUCCAGAAACUGAACGAGCCUCCUCCAGAAUCUUUCAGAAGGGACCCACCAAAAACUGCUUUCACCUCCAACACAGUUGUGACAGACGUGUGUCGCCCCAGACGGUUCCCCCCUUGGUGUGGAUGUGCCGCCCUGUGGGGCAGCUGGGCAGGGAUUGCUCUAGCAAAUGGAGUUUCAAUUUGGGCGGGCCACGGGUUCAGUCAGAGUGUGGCCAUGAUGUGGCUCAUCUCCUGUUUUGCCAGUUUCCUGUGCUCCUGUCUACUGUUGGAGCCCAUCAAGGUGUUGUGUGAGGCAGCUUACUAUGCAGUGUGCGUGCGUCGCCUGCGUCCAGAGGACCAGGACGUGCUGGUGGAGUUCCCCCGUGUGGAGAGAGUGGUCCAGCGGGUCCCCAGGGUGAGGUCCCCACGGGGCUUUGCUCUGUCCCAGGCACGGCACCAGGCUCGCAAGGUUCACAUGCUGCACACCAUGCUGAAGAAUUUCCUGGUUUACAUGUUUUUCCUGUUGGUGGUUUUACUUCUCAACUACUCCGACUCAGCCAAAGACACACACAGCCUGAGACUGCGCACUCAGCUACAACAAGCCCUGCACACACCUGAGUAUCACAACAUCAGCAGCCGAAAUGAUGUUUUGAUGUGGCUCAAUGACUCCCUGUUGCCACGGCUACUGGAUGACUCUGCCCUCCUGAGAGACACAGGAAGUGUGUUACUCGGUACAGUGAGGCUCCGACAAAUCCGCGACACACAGGUUGUAGGUGGCACCAGGGCAGGAAGGGGCUGGUUUACAUCUCCAACUAAAUCUGAAAAUGUCACUGCUUUUGGUGCUAGUGAUGCUAACUGGAUGUAUAACAGUAGCAGCGUGGUCCAUGAGCUGAACAGAAGCCUGGAGGAGGCCUCUUCCUCCUUACAGCAGCUGCAGCAGCUGCACUGGCUUGACUACAGGACUCGUGCUGUGUUUGUGGAGUUUUCGCUCUACAACAUCAACACAAACCUCCUGGCCGUCUUCUCCUUCCUGUUUGAGUUCCCGGUUUCUGAGCGUGCCCAGUCCAGUCUUGACCUCCUUGUCAUCACUCUGUGGCCAAUCACAGGCCUGGACCUGCAGCUCCUUCUCACGAUCGUCCUAAUCAUCCUGGUGUUGUAUUUCCUGGUGCGGGGGAUCUUGGGCUUCCUCAGAGAGGGCUACAGGUACCUGCUCUCAGCCUGGAGAGUCCUGGGCAUCUGCAAACUGACUCUGGCGGCAUCUGUGUGUGGGCUGCACCUGAGCCGCUGCACCAUGGCCAAGCAGCAGUGGGGCUCAUACAUGAAGCACCCACGGGACGCCUUCACAGAUUUCUACCCCCUGGCCAGGCAGAGUCAAAUGUACACAGUCAUGUCUGCUUUGCUGCUGUUCAUACUGGUGCUAAAGGCGUCCCACCAGUUGCGGUUUCUCAGAGAGUGGGCCGUGUUUGGCAGAGCUCUGCGGCGCUCAGUCUGGGAACUCCUGGGAGUGGCCCUGGCAUUACUGCUGUUGAUGCUGGCUUAUUCACACACAGGACACCUGCUCUUCCACUCUGUGUUGGACGGCUACGGCAGCGUGAGCUCCGCCUGUCUGUCUUUGUUGGGUGCUGGUAGGCGAGGCCUGUUAUCGUGGCGUCCUGACUGGACAAUGACUGGCCCCUCUAACACAGCCUCCUCAGCUUGGUUCCAUGUGAGCUUCGCUGUGUUUCGGCUGGUGUUGCUUUGGUUGGUCACUUCUGUGCUAUUGAGGAACUACCGGCGUGCACGAGCAGAGCUGUACCGACCAGCUGUGGAUCUCCAAGACUACGAGAUGGUUGAGCUGUUCCUCAGACGACUCAAAAUGUGGAUGGGACUCAGCAGGGCUAAGGAGUUUCGUCACAAGGUGCGGUUCGAGGGCAUGGAGCUGCCACCAUCCCGUUCAUCCUCAACCAGCGACUGUAAGUCCCUGUGCUUGCCACCACUGGAUGGUCCUGACUCUCCACCCACACCAGACAGUGUCGAUGCCGGCUCUGAGGCCUCAUGGCGCCCCUCCUCCUCCAGCCCCUGCAGCCUGACAGAAGCCCCAGGGAUCGGCUUGGGGCUCGGGUUGGGCCUGGGUUUAGGGCUGGGCCCAGGAGUGGUGGUGGGAGGUACCAGCUGGAGGGAGAGGGCAGAGACCGAAGCCUCUCUGAGGAGGCUGCUUCCUACCCUGGACGCCCUCCUGCAACAGCUUGACCGUGUCACCAUGGCAACAGAGGAUCUAUACCACAUCGAGUGUAGACUGGAGCGAGCCCAGAGGAAAAGGAGGCGUAGGGGGAGAGAGAGAGGAGGCAGCGGUCAGGGAGGGAGGAGUGAGGCAGGACAGAGGGGGAAGGGCGAGGACAAGGACUCUGCUGGAUGGAGAGAGCGAAAGAAUGGCAAAGAAAAACACAAAGGGAGCAAGAAGGGGAAAAAGACGGAUAAAAGUGAACUUUCAAAUACAGCUUCCAACCCCAAAAAGACUCCUGUAGCCACACCUGUUCCCUUCUUAAAGCCCAGACCUGCCUCUGCCUCUACACAUGCCCCUGCUCCUCAGUCAUCAGCCAAACCCUCAGUCAGUGCACCUCCAGCCACACCAGUCACAGAUAAAUCUGAUUCCUCCUCUCUCCCCAUCUCAUCAGCAAACACUCCCCCAACCCACGUCCCGCUGCCCAAAACACCCGCUGCACCUCCAUGCACCCCUGCACCUUCUUUGCCUUCCACUCCUGCUCCUACACCUAUCACCCGGGACUGGGACCCUCCCACAGAGAGAGAGACCCUCCCCUCCUCCAGCCUGUUCAACCACCCAGCUCACACGACCACCAUUCCCACACGCAAGCGAAAGCGCAAGCCCCCACCCCUCAAAAAUAAGGUGCACCCCAACUUAGACAGGCACAGCUCUGGACACCCCAAAUCCUAAGGGCUCUGGAUGGAGGGACAAGCAGAAAUGAAAGGUGGAGAAAAAGAAUGUAGGAAUAAAUGUUGGGUUAAGGACGAGAGGAGGACAGGGGCAGCAGGUUUUGUCCCCAGGUGCCCCUCUCUAAACCCAGAGGAAAGGAAGAAAACAUGAAAAAUCACAGAGACAAGCAGUUUGGGGAAAUGAAAGCAAUAAAAUAAGACUUACCCGGUUUACCAGCAGUGAUCCGUCCAAAUCCCAGUUCACUUCUCUCAGAAGCAAGGUGCAGGUCACCGGAUGCUAGGUGAGCUGGUUUAAACAGCCAAGUAAAGGUCAACAUGUAAACAAUCUUAUCUCUUAUCUCCCCGGGACCAAAACUGACCCCUGACCCCACGUGACCCUGGAGGUCACGUGGGGUCGCUGACAGGAACACACGAGCGUGUUCACCAGAGGACUUCACAAACUGAAAGCAGUCAGUCUUUUUGUAUAUCUCAGAAAAAAUGUGUUGAUUUCUUAGUUAUGUUGUCUGUCUACAUAUUUUUAUAUUUGAUAUUUUUUGGUUGCCAUGGGUACUUGUGGCCUGUCUGAGAACAGUCAUGUUUGAUGGUUUUGAACCCAAAUUUGCAUGCAGGCACACACAGAUAUACGCACAUGCAGGUUAACACAUGCAUAGAAAUAACACUGUAGGCACAGACGCACGUAUGUGUCAUACACUUCAGCCCACUGAACAAGAGGAAACAAACACACACUCACAUGCAUGCACACACGCACACACACACAAGACUGCUGGGAUCCCAGCAGCCAGUUCUUCAGGGUGCAGAUAUAACCAUCUUCUCCAUAUACUGGUCCAGAUGAGAGAGAAAGGUGAAGGGAGGACAUGAGUAGUAACAAGGAGUAGCAUGUGGUUGUAGCGCAGAGCAAAGUAGCUGAAGAGUGUUAGAAAGAGGGAAUGAAGAAGAAGGAUAAGAUGGUGCUCAGUGGAGAAGUUUGGUUUUAGAUAAGAGUUUAGCAAAAAAGGUUUUGCCUUCACUUAUAAACAGUACUGAACAUUUACACAAGUUCUCCCAUCAUAAAGCUAUUAUGUCUCCCAGUCUGAGUAUCUUUUCUAAAUGUUUUGUUUUAUUGUGUUGUGUUCAAUAUGGUUGUGAUUUAAAAGCACUUUUGUUCAGAUGUAGAUUGUUUUUUUUUUUUUUUGUUUGGUUUUUUUGUGAGGUGUGGUGUAAAGUAAUAAGCUUGGUAUCCAAACCAAUAGAGAAAGCUUCACUCAUACUGUAUCUUAACUAUAAACGUUGCCAAAGCUUUUGCAUCAUUUAUGUAUCCUGAGUUGUUACCAUGCCGAGUUAAUUCAUUUGUGUUGUACUUAGCACUUUAUCCUCUGAUGGAGCUGAUAUCCACGCCAUAUUUAACUCUCAUGUGUCAAGUUUUCAUUUUGUACCUUAACAGCUACAUUAUACAAACAUUCUAGUAAGUAUUAUCAAGGUAUUGAAUCAGUAGUUUGCAGUUUUGUCUUGUGCUUUUGUCUGGUCCUUGUAGUGUUGUUGUUUCUGUCCUAUUUUGAUCAAUGUACCUACGUACUUCCUGUGUCCAGUGGGCAGAUCUCAGGGAACCCGCCCUUUCACCAAAACCUGGAGACAACAACCAGGGAAACCAAAAUUACAGGUAAAAUAUGUUUUCAAUCAUCAAAGGAAAUUAUGUAUUUUGUGAUUAAAUCCCACCACCGACUUCCAGUCCAUUUUGGACUUCAGCUUCCUUCCCCUCUCAGCCAGAAAGAGGACCAAUUUUGCAGAGGUACUAAUGGGUAUGUGCCAAAGUGUGACUGAGGCCCUUUUUUUCUCCCUCUUCCAAGCAGACCCCACCAUUACACUGCAUAAAGCAAAGUGUUCACCCCAGAUGAUUUUAUUUUGAAACUUAAUCUCACCUAUUUCCUGGCAAAUAAAUUGCAGAAGAUUUCAGUUUUCAGGAUCUCACAAAAGGCGAUGAAAAGGCCCAUCUUCUUCUCUGUGUGUGUACAUUUCUGUAUAUAUUGGUGCGCUGUGGUGUGUAUAUAUUUUUGCUUUUCAUGAUCAGUAUUGUCUGUGCUACAGUGGCGUAUUCAUGUCAAGCACUGGCGUUGAAAAUUCCAAAGUUUUCCACUCUCAAACACAACAGCCAAAGCUAUCAAUGUAUUUAAAAUAAAUGCUUUUUCACAAUACGCCAACUAGAAACCACAGAAAGCUCAGCAGUCAACAGGCAACACCUCCACUGGCUUUCGUAUUCCUGCUCUGUGUAGUAUGUAAUAAUAUAGUGCCAAAGCCCACUUUCAUGUCUUCUAGCUGCCUGUUUGUGUUGUAUGAUGCAUUUUGUUUAACAGUGUUACAAAUUUGUCUUUUUUAUAUCUUAUAUCUGUAUUUUGCAGUUGUAGCACUUCUCAUGCUUUUGCACUUGACAAAGUCAAAUAAAGAGUUUGACAGCUGAA